ACGUGAGGCUUAUGAUUGGACAACGAGAACGUAGAAGUUUGUGCUUGCUUCCGGUCCGCGAGCCCAGAGAACUAACUUGGGGUCUUUUCUCAAGGUGGAUGUAGAAGCGGGCGCUGGCCUCCCACUCUCCUUUCCAUUUGGGUUUAGCGUCUGGGUCACUGAGAACGACGUCUGAAUAGGGCCUUGGAUCCUUGCCAUGGAUGAAGGUGGUUCCCGCAUCCGCCGGCGGGUGUCUCUCCCCAAAAGGAACCGUCCAAGCCUGGGGUGCAUUUUUGUCGGUCCCACUGCGGCCGAGCUCGAGCCCGGAGAUGAGGGGAAAGAAGAGGAGGAAAUGGUGGCUGAGAACAGGAGGCGGAAAACCGCGGGCGUACUGCGGGUCGAGGUACAGCCCCUUCUACUCUCAGAUUCCCCCGAAUGUCUCAUCCUUGGAGGUGGUGGUACAAACCCGGACCUCCUACGUCGCAUGCCCAUUGACAGAGGGGUGGGAGACCAGCAUAAUGACAGUGAAGAGGACAUGUUUGGUGACUAUGAUAGCUUUACUGAAAACUCCUUUAUAGCUCAAGUUGACGACCUGGAACAAAAAUAUAUGCAACUCCCUGAACAUAAGAAACAUGCUACAGACUUUGCCACUGAAAAUCUUUACUCAGAAAGUAUCAAAAAUAAACUCAGCAUUACUACCAUAGGCAAUCUUACUGAAUUACAAACUGAUAAGCACACAGAGAACCAGAGUGGAUAUGAAGGUGUCACUGUUGAACCUGGAGCUGAUCUUUUGUAUGAUGUACCUUCCUCACAGGCUAUAUACUUUGAAAAUUUACAGAACUCUUCAAAUGAUUUGGGCAAUUGUUCUAUGAAAGAAAGGGAUUGGAAGUCAUCCUCUCACAACACUGUGAAUGAGGAACUGCCCCAUAAUUGCAUAGAGCAACGCCAGCAAAAUGAUGAGGACUCUUCCAAAGUCAGAAUUAGUUCGGAUAUGAACAGGAGAAAAAGUAUUAAAGAUCAUCUAAAAAGUGCCAUGACUGGAAAUGCCAAGGCCCAGACACCAAUAUUUUCUAGAAGUAAACAGCUCAAAGACACUCUCCUAUCUGAGGAAAUUAAUGUUGCUAAGAAAACAAUUGAGUCAUCAUCAAAUGACCUUGGUCCUUUUUAUUCAUUACCCAGCAAAGUGAGAGACCUUUAUGCCCAGUUCAAGGGAAUUGAAAAAUUAUAUGAAUGGCAACAUACUUGUUUAACAUUGAAUUCUGUGCAAGAAAGAAAAAAUUUAAUAUAUUCAUUGCCAACAAGUGGUGGAAAAACCCUCGUGGCUGAGAUUUUAAUGCUACAAGAACUGCUUUGCUGUCGGAAAGAUGUUUUAAUGAUUCUUCCAUAUGUGGCAAUUGUCCAAGAAAAGAUUUCAGGUUUGUCAAGUUUUGGUGUAGAACUCGGUUUCUUUGUUGAAGAAUAUGCUGGAAGCAAAGGAAGAUUUCCUCCAACUAAAAGAAGGGAAAAGAAAUCACUAUAUAUUGCCACUAUUGAAAAAGGACAUAGCUUGGUGAACUCCUUGAUUGAAAGUGGAAGAAUUGACAGUCUGGGUCUGGUUGUUGUAGACGAGUUGCACAUGAUUGGUGAAGGAAGCCGUGGAGCUACACUGGAAAUGACCCUAGCAAAAAUCCUCUACACUAGCAAAACAACUCAAAUUAUUGGUAUGAGUGCAACAUUAAACAAUGUUGAAGACCUACAAAAGUUUCUUCAAGCAGAAUAUUAUACCAGUCAAUUUAGACCAGUAUGUACCUAAGGUUGAAUUAAAAGAAUAUCUGAAAAUAAAUGAUACAAUAUAUGAAAUUGACAGCAAAGCUGAGAAUGGCAUGACUUUUUCACGCCUCCUUAAUUUUAAGUAUUCUGAUACCCUAAAAAAGAUGGAUCCUGAUCACUUGGUAGCAUUGGUUACAGAAGUUAUUCCCAAUUACUCCUGCUUAGUUUUUUGUCCUAGUAAGAAGAACUGUGAAAAUGUAGCAGAAAUGAUAUGCAAAUUUUUAAGCAAGGAAUAUCUGAAGCACAAGGAGAAAGAAAAAUGUGAGGUAAUUAAGAACUUGAAGAAUAUUGGCAAUGGCAACCUGUGUCCUGUUUUAAAGCGCACUAUCCCAUUUGGAGUUGCCUAUCACCAUAGUGGCUUAACAAGUGAUGAAAGGAAACUCUUGGAGGAGGCCUACUCCACAGGAGUGCUCUGUCUUUUUACCUGCACAUCUACCCUAGCAGCAGGUAUCAACCUACCAGCUCGAAGAGUUAUUUUAAGAGCUCCCUAUGUUGCUAAGGAAUUUUUAAAGAGGAAUCAAUAUAAACAGAUGAUUGGCAGAGCCGGUCGUGCUGGAAUAGAUACUACUGGGGAGAGUAUCCUCAUACUGCAAGAAAAAGACAAACAACAGGUAUUGGAGUUAAUAACUAGACCAUUGGAAAACUGUUACAGCCAUCUUGUUCAGGAAUUCACCAAGGGAAUCCAAACAUUAUUUCUCUCUUUGAUUGGUUUGAAGAUUGCAACGAAUCUUGAUGACAUCUAUCACUUCAUGAAUGGUACAUUUUUUGGUGUUCAGCAAAAGAUUUUAUUGAAAGAAAAAAGUCUUUGGGAAAUAACUGUUGAAUCACUUAGAUACCUGACAGAAAAAGGACUCCUACAAAAAGACACUAUUUGUAAGUCUGAAGAAGAGGUCCAACAUAAUUUUCAUGUUACAAAGUUGGGACGAGCUUCAUUUAAGGGAACUAUAGAUUUAGCUUAUUGUGACAUUCUCUACAGAGACUUGAAGAAAGGUCUUGAAGGACUUGUGCUUGAAAGCCUUCUUCAUCUAAUCUACCUAACAACCCCCUAUGAUCUGAUUUCACAGUGUAACCCUGAUUGGAUGAUAUACUUCAGGCAGUUUAGCCAACUCAGUCCAGCAGAACAAAAUGUAGCUGCCAUUCUUGGAGUCUCUGAAAGCUUUCUUGGGAAGAAAGCAUCAGGUCAAGCCAUCAGAAAGAAGGUGGACAAGGACGUUGUCAACAGGCUAUAUCUGUCUUUUGUUCUUUAUACCUUGCUCAAAGAGACCAACAUUUGGACUGUAUCUGAAAAAUUUAAUAUGCCUCGAGGAUAUAUACAAAAUCUUCUCACUGGAGCUGCCUCAUUCUCAUCUUGUGUGUUACAUUUCUGUGAGGAGCUUGAGGAGUUUUGGGUUUACAGAGCCCUUUUGGUAGAACUUACGAAGAAGCUGACUUACUGUGUAAAGGCAGAACUAAUCCCUCUCAUGGAAGUUACUGGAGUUUUAGAGGGUCGAGCAAAACAGUUAUACAGUGCAGGUUACAAAAGUCUAAUGCACUUAGCUAAUGCAAAUCCGGAAGUGCUCAUAAGGACAAUUGAUCAUUUAUCAAGACGUCAAGCCAAGCAAAUUGUUGCGUCAGCAAAGAUGCUGUUGCAUGAAAAAGCAGAGGCCCUGCAAGAAGAAGUAGAAGAGCUACUAAGAUUACCUUCUGAUUUCCCUGGUGCUGUGGCUUCUUCCACUGACAAAGCAUGAAGCUAUCUGAUGAGCAUUUUCACAUAUGAAUUUUUUAUUGUACAUGUGUUUUAUUAAAAAUAACUUAUACUUUAUAAAUGAAAAAAUACAUUUUAAGUAUGCAUUAAGAA